AGUCUUCGAUGUCCAGUCGUUCCGGUUUAACAGCGGAGUUUUCAUGACAGUGCUUUAGUUAAAAAAUAUUAAAUAGAUAUAUGUAUAUUGUCUUCUCCGAGGAAAGAAGAGAAAGAAAUGUCUGAAGUAGAAAGAGCAGAUCCCACAGCCGGUGGAGACGCACCGACUGUGGGAUUUAUCGAAGCGAUGAAACCCGAUCGUGAUGAUAAUGCAAUCGCGGUUUCCGAAGUAAAAAGUACCGUUGCGACGUCAGAAGAUGCAACUGCGUCCGCGGAGGAAAUUGCAAAAGAGACAUUAAACGCGCAGGUCGAAGGCGAGCGUUCGGCGGAGGCGACAAAUGAUGAAACGAGCAUAUCUAGCGAAGAAAAAUCUGUUAAUUCCGAUGCAAAGACCACCGAUAUAAUCGAGGAGAUCGCUCAUACGACUACGGAAAACGUGGAUGUGGUGCAAACCGAAACGGAAAGGUUGUCCACUGAAGAAGGUGAUAGUUCACCUGCGAUCGUUCCUCAAAGUGAAGAAUCGUCGCAGUCAAAAUCUAAUACUGAAGACAAGGCCGAUAAGUCGAAGCAGAAUGCGAGAGGUAAUAACGCGACGUGCAUAUCCAGACUGGAGGCGGAAGUGCGGAAAAGAACGAAGGAGCGCGACAGUUAUCGAAAGCAGUUAGAAGAUGCAGAGACGAAGCUGGCCGCCUUGCAAGCAUCUUACGACGCGAUGGCGAGUCCUGGUGGUGAUGGGGAUCUGCAACGAUCGAUGGAACAAUUGCGUGGGCAACUGGUACAGACCGCGUUGAUGUACGAGGAACGCAAUCGCAUAGUCGCGAAUCAAGAAAACCAGAUUAAUGCUUUGAACAAUCAGGUGACUUCCCUGAAGGAAGUGGUAUCGAUCACGCGGGAUCUGCUGCAGAUUCGUAAUAUGGAGGUGAAACAGCUGCAAGUAAGUGAACG